UAGCUUGGUUUGUGCGUGUUUGUAUUGUAUUUUGUUUAGGACUUUCAAUCCCUUUAUCUUAUUCAUCUUCUUUUUAGAAAAAAACUCUCCUGUGCUUCUUUGGAACUGUAGGUAUAUAAGCAGAAGCUGUUGAUUGAGGAAGUUCUAGAUCGACAGUCUUGGUUCCAUUAGAGAGGCAUUGAGUAUUACAACACUCAUAUAACCAUAGUACCAUUCCUUCAAAAUGAACCGCCAAUAUGGCGAAGAUCAUGGUGAGGUGACUGUGAUGGGAUUUGAAGUUCCAAGAUCACCCGAUUCAAGCUACAACAAUGCUUAUCCCGGGAACGAAGACGAGGGGCGGGACCCGCCAUCAUUCCCUCCACACCUUCACCAGACCGUGCUAAAUGAACCACCAGCAAAAAGUGACCAAUGCGGAGCGCCCCUCACGUCACCGCAGAAUGUGGUCCUAAAUCAUCUUUACAUUGAGAGCAGCAACAAAGAAACCCCGAGAACUGUCGUGGCUUUAGGUGCAACACAGCGUUUCCGUUCGAAAUAUGUUACAGUCGUGCUUUACAAACCUGUCCCUCGAAGGGUAGGCGGUAGUGUCUGAAGUGAAAUUGUUGCAACUUUUUCUCUUUUUAGAUACCGGAGUUUCACCUUUUAGUUUUACACCGCAUUCAAGAUCUUAACAAGUUAAGAGUAUUAUUACCUUUUGUACUUAGUAUGAUGUAUAUGGAGAACGGAGACUUGCUAGAUAAACCGUAUUUAGUGGACAUCUUCUAUGGUGGCAGUGGCGCAUUACAGUGUCCAGCAAUGAUUUAAGAGCAAUAAAAACUUUUUUUUGGUCUUCUUUGAAUCUUUGGUACCAAAUAUUAAUGAUGUAUAAUGAUUAAUGAUGCAUAUUGUUUAUAUAGAAUGAUUGUAAUUGAAGCCA